ACGGUGCUUACGACGCCUUUUAAAUUGCGCUUGCGUCCAUCCAUAAAUUAAAGUUACAUUUUGUUUAAUGAAAAUGGCUGACUCUCUCGCAAAAUAUGGCCUAUUCAUCGAUGAUUUAAGUAAGAUACGAGUAUUGGAACCCGAGGUAUCAAAUCAGACGAACAAAUUAAAGGAGGAAUGUCAUAAUUUUGUUUCCAAAAUAACAGAGUUUCAAAAAAGCUCUGAUGACUUUAUCAAGCUAAUGGAUGAUUUAGCUAACGAAGUUGAGAAGGAAAAAAUGCGAACUAUAGGGGCGCGAAAUUUGUUGCGUUCUGUAGCAAAACAACGAGAUGCUCAAAGACAACAAAUCCAGGCUCUCAUAUUCGAAAAGUCUACAGAAUUAGAGCGGCUACGAGUUCAGUAUGAUUCACUGAAAAAAGUUGAACUUGAACAACUCGAAACCAUAGAGCAAUUGACCACAAAUUGAUAAUGAUAAUCCCGUUUCACGUAAGUAAAGUAAAUUAAUGACUAGGUGAAACCUUGUCAUCCGGAUAAUAAUAUGAUGGUAUAGUUAAUGAAGGUACAAGGUGAUAUUUGGGCUCAGCAUAGAUAAAUACAUUAAUUACACAAAUAAACACAAAUCAGUGAAUAAUUAUGGAAUAGAAUAAUAAAAAUUUCUUAAGAACAUUGUUACAUGCGUAAUUUUUUUUUGCUUCAGGAAAUAAUGGAUAUAAUAGAUAAAAUUAUAGUAUGAAUAUAAUUAAACGCAAAAAAAUUAUUAACGAGCUUGGAUUUUUACCAGCCCCAAUUCUUGUUUAAACUGCACCAAAAUUAUGCUUAGGUAAUUAUUCAAGGUUGCUGAACGAAGUUGAAAAGGGACGCGUACAUGUAUAAUUGCCUAUCCUUAGCAAACUGCGUACAUGUUCGAGCGUUAACAUUAUCGUUUAUACAGCAACAAUCAUAGUUAUUACUUCGCGUUUUGAACUGUUGAAAAACAGCGAAAGUUCCUCAAUUUAAUUCAUGUGUUUAUUGUUUUUCACUUAUCGCGGAUAGGCAUAUAAUCGAAGUUACUUCUGUGUUGUAUGUAUAAAAACAAUAAUAUUAAUGAUAAUAAUAAUCACAAUAAUUCUAAUAAUAGUAUGAAGGAUAAUAAUAACAGUGAUGGGUAUGUGAUGUACUAAUAUAUGAUUGAUUUUAUGCGCAGCUGUAAUCAUGUGUUCCGCUACCUUUUUGUUUAAACUAAUUUUUUUUCUUUUGCUGCAGCUCGGUAAUAUCUCAAUGUGUGAUAAUAAAAAUAGGUAAUUUAAUUCAGAUACCACAAAUAUAGUCACGCAACCAUCCAUACAACCAUAGUAACCAGGAAUUCAAAAAUAAACUUUAUUUAGUAAAAAUAA